CGCCGCGCUGCUGUUGCUGCUAUAGUCGCUUCAUUUGACAGUUGGAAAGCAAAGUUUUCAGUUUGGUUUUUCAACGCGCAACGAACGAACGCGUCCCACUGAAAAGCACUCUGUGACCGAUCAAUCGACCCACUAACGGGCAGGCUGUUUUGUUGUCGAUGCAUAUGUGUGUAUGUGUGUGUGUGUGUGUGUGUGUGUAAGUGUGAGUUAGACGCUGUGACCGAUAAUAAAUUGAUACGCGCCGCAGUCAAUGUUUUAUUCGUAUCUGUAUCUCCAGUGUGUUGCGUCCUCAUAUUGCGCUUCUUGAACUACUUAAAUGCAUACAUCCAUGUGUACAUACUUACAUACAUAUCGUAUAUCAAGAAUUUUACAUAUCUGGAGUGAAUAUGUAAAAAUUUAUUUAUUGGUUUAUUGUGCCGUCGUCAACAUAGAAAACAAAAAAAUAUUUUAUUACAUGUGAAGUGAUAAGGAAUCGUACGAAACUAUAUCAGUGCAUACAUACAUAUGUACAUACAUACAUCCGUGUAUAUAGAAUAAUCUGAGAAUCUAUUUUGUGAAAACAUGGUUUUGUGAUAUUCCGCUUUGAUGCAUUAUCAGCCAGCAAAAGCGGAACUUAGUGUUCUCAAAAGUGCAAAUAAAAAGUAAAAAUUUAACGUUCUUCCUUUAAGUGAACUAUGUUUCCAAGCUCCAAAUCGUUUAUUUGAAAGUAAAUUAACGGAAAUAAAAUUUAUUUUUUUUUACAAAAAUAACAACAAAACUUUCAGGCUCAGCGUUUAUUGGUAUGCCCGGCUUGGUUUGUCUUCUUUUCACCGCGCAGAGCGAACCAUAUUCAAUAACGAGAUUGCAACAAAGCAGACACCAUUUAAUUUGGCAACAUUUUCCUUACCGCAAAUUAUGACAACAAAUCCAAAGACAGUGGUUGUAACUAUCAAACAACAAGAAAAACAAAGAAUACAGCAAUAAACACAAUUAUCAAUACAUAUAGAUUUAUGUGCAUACAUAGGAACAUUUCGUAAAAAUUUAACGCGAUAACGCGAAGAACAACAGCAGCACCAAGACGCUCUAAGUCACCGCCGAAGAAGUCGCGUAUUAAAUUGCAAUCAACUAAACCAACUACAACACUAGCCAAAAUACAGUAACCACAAAAACUGCCACACUAACAACCAACAUCUCUUUAAUUAAAAACAAAAAUAAAGAAAGAAAAGAAAACAAACAAAUCGCAGCCAUUCCGACGACAUCAAGAUGGAUUCGACCACGGAUACGGGCUGCAGUGAUUCCUACAACAGUUACAGUAAGUCACACUCUAGCGGCACCUCGCUGAACUACAGCAGCGAUAUCAAUGCGAUUAGCGUCGAUUUGGGCGAUCACAACGGUUGCCAUGGCGAUAAUGUCUCCUGCAAUGGCCUAAAGUACUUACCAACUUGGCCGGCGAUUAAUUUGGAAUUUCGUGAUUUGACAUACGAAGUUUACGAUCUACAUACAAAGAGUCGCAAACAGUUACUGCGCAGCAUCAACGGACAAUUUCGUGCGCACGAGCUCACCGCCAUUAUGGGACCAUCUGGAGCGGGGAAAACGACAUUGCUAAAUCUACUGGCCGGUUAUGGCGCAAAGAAAACCUCCGGUGAAAUUAAUGUCAAUAACAGUCCGCGCAACAUGAAAGUCUUCCGCAAAAUGUCGCGCUACAUCAUGCAAAACGAUGUGUUGGAUCCACAUUUUACGGUGUUGGAGGCAAUGUUGCUUGCUGCGCACCUCAAAUUGGGCAACGAAUUGAAUCACAAACAGAAAUUGGAUGUGAUCAACGAGAUUCUCGGCAUGUUGGGUUUGACUAAAGCUCAAAAUACGAUCACAAUGCGCUUAUCCGGUGGUGAAAAGAAACGGUUGUGCAUCGCCUUGGAAUUGGUGAAUAAUCCACCGGUCAUAUUUCUCGAUGAGCCAACUACCGGUCUCGACGACUUAUCCAGCUCUCAAUGCAUUUCACUGUUACGCGGCAUUGCUCAUCGCACCGGGCGUACCGUUAUUUGCUCAAUACACACACCAUCAGCGAAAGUAUUCCACAUGUUCGAUAAGGUUUAUAUAUUGGCCGAAAGCCAGUGCAUUUAUCAGGGCGCGGGCGCGAAUAUCGUGCCUUAUAUGAAGCAAAUUGGAUUGACAUGUCCGCGCACUUAUAACCCGGCUGACUUUAUUAUUGAAGUCGCCUGCCAUGAAUAUGGCCAUCACUAUCACGAGCCAAUGGUUGAGGCAGUGGAAAAUGGUAAAGUUUAUCGGUGGACGCCCCAACAUGAAUACCGACAGAUAAAAUCGGAUGUGACGAACAAAUCAGAUACAACUUCCGGCGCGUCCUCCUUCGAUGAGUUGGAACAAUUCGAAGAGGAAAUCAAUCCGAAUUUGUUGAAACAAAAGGCUUCCUGGUGGAUGCAAUACCGACUGCUGUUAACACGAAUGAUGGUGCAAAUGUGGCGGGAUAAGUCCUACAUGAAACUGCGUUUCUAUAUGAAUAUCAUCUUGGCGAUCAUUGUUGGCGGCAUUUACAAAGGCGUUGGUGAUGAUGCCUCGAAGGCUUUCUUUAAUUUCGGCUUUGCGUUUACGAUAAUCAUAGCUUAUUUGUAUUUGCCAAUGAUGCCAGUAUUAUUGCAAUUUCCCACAGAGAUGAAAUUUCUUAAGCGCGAGUACUUCAAUCAGUGGUAUCAUCUGAGUUCGUAUUAUGCCGCUUUGAUCUGUUCGAAAUUGCCUUUUAUGUUCGUGCUGGCCUCCAUCUACCUCAUCAUGGUUUAUAUAAUGUCUGGGCAGCCUUUAGAACUUUUCCGUUUUGGCAUGUUAUUCCUCAUAGCUUUUCUGACCGCAAUGACUUCGGAGAGUUUGGGUCUACUGAUAUCGUCACGCCUAAGCUUAGUGAACGCCAUGUUUAUCGGACCGGUGGUCGCGGUGCCACUCAUAUUGCUCUCCUGCUAUGGCAUCGGUUAUGGCAAAGCGGUGCAUAUACAUCCGCUAAUGCGUUACUUAAUGCAACUCAGUUAUUUGCGCCACGGCAUGGAGGGUUUGGUGGCUGCUCUAUAUGGUUAUGAUCGUGAGGAUCUGCAUUGUCCGGAUACGGAAGUGUUUUGUAUGUUUAGGAAAUCACAAUUCUUGCUCAUCAUUCUGGGUUUCGAGAAUCUCAACUACGUUUUUUCGGUAUCUUGUCUGGUGCUAUUCUACAUAAUCUUCACAACCGCCGCAUAUCUUAUGAUACGUCAUCGACUCAAGUUGAGGACCACAAACAAUGUGAUCGUCCAGUAUGCCACACACUUAUUGGUGAAGCAUUUGAAUUUUGCGUCUUAUAACUAUUAA